GCGGCUCACUUACCCAAUCAGAAAGCAUGUUGCAUUUGGAGUUAGGCAUGGAUGACAAUAUGGCCGACAACUCCACAGAGGAAAAGAAAGUUUGUAAUUUUUUCAAGAAAACAGUAAAAAGACCGCAACAACGUCCUAAAAUACAGUUUAGUGAUACAGAUAGCAGUAAUGAUGAUGAUGAUGGUAAUGUUGCUGUGAAAGCAAAGAAAUCCAGAGGACCAAAUAGAAUGGUUCAGUCUACCAAAACAAAGAAGUUUGGUCAAGAGAACCUCUCUGAUAGUGACAGUGAUGAGGAGAUUAGAAAAUCUGUAGCAGUAACAUACAAGUCAACAAAAACAGGGAAAAGUGAAGGACCACAAGAUAUGGGUGCAACAUCAACAGUGCAAAUAGAUACAGACCUGGCAGCAGAUGCCAGAGCCAUCUUUGAGAAACAACAAGAGAUAAACAAGGAGUUGAAAGGUAAAGAGGAUGACAAGGUAUACAGAGGGAUCAACAACUAUCAGGUUUUCUAUGAAAAGAGAGAUACUGCACAGGGUAAUGCAGCCAGUAAUGCUGUCAGGAAAGGGCCCCUUCGAGCACCUGCACAUUUGAGGGCAACUGUAAGAUGGGAUUAUCAACCUGAUAUAUGUAAGGAUUAUAAAGAAACAGGAAUGUGUGGAUUUGGAGACAGUUGUAAGUUCUUGCACGACAGAAGUGAUUACAAACAUGGCUGGCAGUUAGAGAGAGAAAUGGAACAGGGAACAUAUGGACACGGAGAGGAGGAGAAUUAUGAAAUCAGCAGUGAUGAGGAUGAUCUCCCUUUCAAGUGUUUCAUUUGUAGGAAAUCGUUUGUAAACCCUGUAAUUACUAAAUGUAAACAUCAUUUUUGUGAAAAGUGUGCAUUAUCUCAGUACCGGAAGUCCCAGAGAUGUUUUGUAUGUAAUGAACAAACAAUGGGUGUAUUUAAUCCUGCAAAAGAUUUGAUAGCCAAGCUAAAGAAGAGGCAGGAAGAAGGAAUUCCAGAUCCAGACAGUGACAGUGGUGCUGAAAAUGGUUGAUUCACUCAUAUGUUAAUUUUAAUGUGUUAAAAAAUCAACAGUCAUAGCACAACCAUGCAUAAGGUGACUGGUUUUUAUAAAUCUUCCUUAUAAAAUUUUUUGAGAAAGAUGAUUGCCAGUCUAGAAUGAUUCAGGAUUGUGUUCUUGUGUUCAUAGGCACAGACUGAACAGUAGAUGAGUAAAACAAGAGGAAAAGUAAAUAUGACAUGUGAUAUUAUGUAUGACAUUCUGUGUCUUAUAUUUAUGUACAUUUGCUACAUGGCGACUGUAAAGAUAUUUAAUGCAAUAAAGAAUUAUAUCAAUA